GCUCAAACAAUUGCAGUAGUCAUCGCAUCCAUGUCAGGCUGGUACCUGCAUUAUAAAAGGCGGGCGAUCGCCUUGCGAGAGACGGAUCCAGACUCCUCAACAUCUCCUACAACUUCAGUCACCUCUACUCCCUACAUCACCCAACAAUACACCUCAUUACUCGAUCCAUCUCUCAGCGAAUAAUCGGCGAUGGCGACGCCCACUCGAUUUACUUCGCCCAACUUCAACGGCGCCAAUCCCGCCUCGCCCCGGAGAUGCCCCCAUUGUCGGUGGGAUAACCCCAUCGAUGAAACCAUCUGCAGAGGACGUGGAGGAACGUCGUUUUGCAACUGGAUUGUCCCUAUAAUUCACCAAGUUCAGGGCGGAAACGGAACUGCCCAAGGCAACGAAGACGAUGGGAGUGGCGGUGCAGACGGCGGCUAGUCUUGAAGCAAGAGAUCGUCAACAUGUUCGCAAGCCGCGAACAAAAAAACAAUCUGAAGAGAGGAAAAUGUUUAUCAUCUCUGCUGAGUGCGGGGGAAGGUUGAUUACGGGUCGCUCGGAGUUAUUCUGUCUUUACUUUCAAGGCGAACUAGAUUGAUUAAGCAUUUCAAUUGCUUACAUCACGCGAAUACAUCAC